CCUCAGAUCAAGACGGGGUCCAGAGUUCCAGAUGGGAGAGAAGGGUUAUCAUGGGGUCUUAGAGAAUCCUGAGGGGCAGUUUAUCACUGCUCUGUCUCUGAACAGGGCUGGAGUGAGAAGGGGGCUUUAGAUAGCCUUUCCCAAGCACAGGCGUCCCCUCUUUCCAUGGUGACAGGGGCUUGGUCAUUCUAGCUCCUUUCCUUGGUUGGCCCUUCCGGGAGCUGCUCGUUCUCUUGCAGGAAGGGGAAGGGGCCAGAGCUCGGAGGAAGGCGUGGCAGGAAGGGGGGAACUCUGUGGUCAGGGAGCUGCUCACAGCACAGCUGCGCAGUGCCCGCGGAGCGUCAGAUCCCCAGCUCUCGGCCCCUCAGCCCCUGCCCAGGAUGAUCCCAGCAGUGUUCCUGCUCUUACUCCUUUUGGUUGAACAAGCAGAGGCCCUGGGGGAGCCUCAGCUCUGCUAUAUCCUGGACGCGAUCCUGUUUCUCUACGGCAUUGUCCUCACCCUCCUCUACUGCAGACUCAAGUUGCAGGUGCGAAAGGCAGCUGCGGCCAGUGAGAAAUCCGAUGGCAUUUACACGGGCCUGAGCACCCGGACCCAGGAGACUUAUGAGACCCUGAAGCAUGAGAAACCACCACAAUAGCUUUAGAACAGACGCCCUUUGUCACUUCCUUCUAACACUCUCCUCCCAGCCCUCGUGGUUGGCAUCACACAUGCCUCCCCACCGUUAAUGCCAGUUGACCCUACCCUUGUGAUGACAUUCUGCCCCCCAUUAAUAAUCACCAGUGAUUCCUCCUCCUCGUCAAAGACCUCAGAAGCUCUUCAUUGAUGUUUAUAUUCUAGUCUCACCCCUUUAUGCCACCCUUCCCCCUUCCCCAUCCCCAGGUCCCACUAAACAAUGGGAAGGGACUAACAUCAAUAAAGACACCACAGACUGGA